AUGGGAUUGUAUAUGGAUGACAUACAUACACCCACGGUUCCCUCUGGACCUACCACAGGGCAGAGAGCCGCAGAUGGCGUGGGCAAGGACAAGCUCUCGUUAAUGGAUCUGAUUGCUGAGAAAACGAGAGUUGAGGAGGAACUUACUGCUUUGGGGAGCGUUCUAGACAGCCAUGGCGUCAACAUGAACACCACCCUUACAACCUUUGACGGCUACCCACGAGAUGACCUCGACAUCGCCCAGAUACGAACAACAAGAGCACGCAUAGUAUAUUUACGGAACGACUACAAGACUCUGAUGUCAAAAAUCGAACUGGGUCUACAUGAACACCAUGCUUCGUAUCAAGCCUCGAAUCCUUCACUUGCCUCAGGCUCCAGCCAAGGGCCUUUGAGAAGUGGGAGCGCUGCUACGGAUCAAGACUUGAUUGAUACACCUUUUGCAAAAGUCAAUAGCGUUGUGCCUGGGAGUCCGGCAGAUGAUGCGGGAUUGAAAGCUGGUGACCGGAUACGGAAGUUCGGAGACGUCAAUUGGUUGAAUCACGAGAAGCUGGGUAAGGUCGCGGAGAUCGUUCAAAGGAACCAAGGGCGAAACGUCGUUGAGCAAUUGGGGGGGCCGAGGUCUGCUUGGUUGCCACCUGCUGCAAGCUUGAUGGCUUGGGCGUGA